AUCACCACAUGCAAGUUGCAAUGCAACAGUAGAUUUGGGUAACUGGGUUCAUGACUUUAUUGGCAGCAGUUAAAAACCCAGCACGCCAUUCUGCUUUCUUUUUCCAUUUUUUAUUUCAUUACACAAGAUAGAGAUUUAUCAUGCGAUGCGUAUUCAAUUGACAGGUCUGCAAAUCUAGAUAGAGAAAUCGGAUUUAACAGGUCAAAAUUGCAGCCUGUCUACACAGUUAAAAUCAAUCCAUGGCUUCAAAGAUCAAAUCUAGUGGUGGGAUAAAAUUCAAAUCUAGUGGUGAUGGGUCAUCGUCAUCAAAGGUCAGGAUUGAUUCAUCUGUCAAGAAGAAGAAAGUUGUAGAGAAAUCCAUCUCCAAAUCUGAGCUAAAAAUGAAAACAACAUCGAGUUCAUCAAAGACUGUCAAAAAAAUGGUGACCAAAACCAGAGAGAAGAAAGUUUUUUCCUUGCCGGGACAGAAAUAUGAUGUUCCUGAAGAGCGAGAACCCGUGAGGAUCUUCUAUGAAUCUUUAUCUAAGCAGAUUCCGUCAAGUGAAAUGGCUGAGUUUUGGUUAGUUUUCUUUUUAUCUGGGUCAUUUUAUAGAAGUAUUGUCAAGUGAAGCCAUGCUAUCAAU